GGCCGAUAAACGGACUCAUUCACUAUGUCGUUCUCUUCGGAUAGAAGCUUUGACCAUCACUGGAACCCGCUACACUGUUCUUUACACCUUUCACAAGGGUCUAGAGACGACUUGUGACCGUUUCAUACCAGGAGACUAGCUUCUCUGUCACUCUGGUCGAUUCUCCACUGGCUUUAUACCCCGCUUCUCAUUCGUUGCCUUCCAAGUUCAUACCCGCUGCUCGAAUCUAUCAACUGUAACGAUCCCCCACUCAGUACCGUCAGGAUGCCUCCAAAGCGAACGGGAGAAGCCGUUACUACCCCAAAGCCCGCGAAGAAAGUCAAGACCGGCGGCACUCCUACACGCACAUCCCCGCGAAAUAAGACGAGCGGCAGUGAGACACCACCUGCAAAUAGUACCGUCAGGAAGCCGAGGAAGCCGGCGCAUCCCGGAUCAAAAGCAGUGAAGGCUCCAGACGCAGACGCCGACUUCGAGUGGGGGAUUAUGGACGGCGACAAGCGCGAGACGCUCGUCGUCGGUGACGUUCAACCAAGUCGACUGACGCUCAAGUUUCACCACAGACAUGACAAUGACCAGAAGAAUCGAUCCUUCACGUACGACAGGAGACCUGAGGCAGACAUCGAUUGGGACCUCAAGGAACAUGUUGCGGACAUCAACAAGUGGCGCAAUCAAAUCUUCGUCCAAAGCAUGAAGUUCCCUCCCAAGGUCACCCACACACCAUGGGCCCCGUUCGAGACCGGCUAUCUUGAGCUGUUUCACGAGAAGCUUCUGGAAGCUGCCACUGGAAAGACGGACGCCUUUGUAGCGCCACACAAUGAGAUUAUAUUCAAAGCGUUCAACGAAUACUUCGAGGGACGCACUGACAUUCGGGACAAGAACGACAAACUCACGCCCAAGCUCAAGAAGAGCAAAGCGGAUGAUGUUUGGAUGCCCACCAUCACCGACGACGAGAUCGAACAGUACAUCCGAGGAGAUUGGAAGCCGGUUGUCGAUACUGCUACCGCUACUGAUGAUGGUGACGGUGAAGAAGAGGAUGAAGAUCAAGCUGAGGAAGAAGACGAAGGUGAUGACUCCGACACUUCUACUUUAUCCACACCACCUGACACAGACGAAGAACGUGAAAGCCUGGAGAUCUUUGAGCGAGACCGACACGCUAUUCGUCGGCUAGUCACUCUUAAGCUUCCAGCCAGCAACGCGCCGGGAAGCAAACUUACAGGAAACAAACGUCCAACCAUCAAGCCCACAUCAGACACGCGAGGUACUAUUAAGGUCGCUCCAGGCAGGAAAAGUACCAAGCAGCAAUCCUCGUCCCAGAAGCCGAUGACUGACCCACGAAAAGGGACGGAAGCGCCCGAACCAAAGGGAAAGCCGCGUUGGGUUAAGCCCGCUGAGCAGAAGGUCAUGCCAGAUCCCCCAGAAGUUCUGGCAGCCGCGAAGGAUGCGGGCUGGAAGUGGUCGUCCAUGCCCGAUACAGAUGAAGAAGCAGUCAGCCUCCAGCGAGCUUCCAAGCCCGCAGACUCAGUCGACACUACGUGGAACCAUCAAGCGGUCAAGGAUCUUGAUAAGCGCAUCAAGAAGAGCGAAAAGUAUACUUUUGGCCACGAGUUCUUCAACAACGACUUAAAAGAGGACCCUUUUGUAAAGAAGAAGAAUGCUCGACGGGAGUUUGAAGAUUGGCAUGAGGGUCACGCUCGCGAGGAUGGUGCAGCCGCAGUCACUGCGAUGCUUAAUACUGCAGAUAUUCCGCCCGUUGGGUAUAUGGGUGAUAUCCACGAUCUUGUCACAAAGAAACAGUUACCAGAGGACGAGCUUGUGCUAGCUGAGUCCCGCGCGGCUGCCAUCAAGAAGAAGAACGCGCUGAUCAAGAGGAAAUAUAGUCCUAAGAAGGGUCAACCGGUGCAAAGGGAUGUCAUGGAUGACUCUGAGUCUACGGGCGAUGAGUCUGUUGAUGACGAGGAUGAGCCAUCGGAUGACGGGGAGGACGCUUGA